ACAGGAAGAACAAAUGUCAAAUUUCAGAAAAGUUUGCUGAAUGCAGCAAUGUACUUACUUAGCAUGUAAUUUAAUCUCUCAUAUCACAACUAAUACGUGAUUGUUAUUACUUUCCACCAAAUUAAAUCAAUUUGGUUUACUGACAGUUUAAUAUUGAACUGGUUAGGUUAAACCAACAGCGUUGCUGUCAGCAGUUCAAAGUCUGCGAAUUCAGUCUCUGUUGCCCAACAAAUCCAGUGAUGGCAGAUUCCAGUCUUCCUAAAACGCUGAACUUUAACGUCGGUGUACUCGGCCAUGUGGACAGCGGAAAAACCUCUCUCGCCCGGGCGCUGAGCAGCACCGCAUCCACAGCAGCCUUCGACAAGAACCCCCAGUCCAAAGAGCGCGGCAUCACGCUGGAUCUCGGCUUUAGUGCGUUUACCGUGCCCUUACCGGAGCACCUGAGACAGUCCUGCGGGGACAGACAAUACGACAGUCUGCAGUUCACACUGGUGGACUGCCCUGGACAUGCCUCCCUCAUACGCACUAUCAUCGGGGGUGCUCAGAUCAUCGAUCUGAUGAUAUUGGUGGUUGACGUUGUGAAAGGUAUGCAGACACAAACAGCAGAGUGCCUUUUGAUUGGUCAGCUCACCUGCUCUCGCAUGAUCGUCAUACUCAACAAAACAGACAUGUUGCCUAGUGACAAGAGACAGGCGGCUAUUGACAAAAUGACCAAGAGGAUGCACAAAACUCUUGAGAACACAAGAUUUAAAGGGUGUCCUGUAAUUGCUGUAGCAGCAAAGCCAGGUGGUCCUGAGGCCCCGGAUACAGUCGAGCCACAAGGGAUAACUGAACUCAUAGAUUUAUUGAAGGCCCAGGCCUUCCUUCCUCGUAGAGAUCCGUCAGGUUCUCUCCUCAUGGCUGUAGAUCACUGCUUCUCCAUCCGUGGCCAGGGAACAGUCAUUACUGGCACCAUCUUACAAGGGUCUCUCAGUGUCAAUGAGACUGUGGAGAUACCGGCAUUAAAGGUAACUCGCAAGGUCAAAUCUGUGCAGAUGUUUCGUAAGCCAGUUCCUAGUGCUAUGCAAGGGGAUCGGGUUGGCGUGUGUGUGACACAGUUUGACCCCAAACUGUUAGAACGGGGUGUAAUAUGCACACCAGGUUCAUUGCAAACUCUUUACGCUGCUAUUAUAUCCGUCCAAAAGAUUGAAUACUAUCGCGGAGGGCUUAGCAGCCGUGCAAAGUUUCACAUCACCGUUGGACAUGAAACCGUUAUGGCUCGUAUCUCAUUCUUCAAUCGAGUUCUUCCUGGCAAAGAAAAUGGAGACUGUAGGCCCACCUCUCAAGAGCAAAGUGCAAGCUCUUUCUCAUUUGAUUGGGAGUUUCACCACCUGGAUGAGUAUUUGACUGGUCAGGCGGAAGGAGGGAGAGGGGAACCACAGCAAUGGGCUUUACUUGAGUUCGAACGACCAGUCACAUGUCCUCCACUUUGCUUAGUGAUUGGGUCUCGACUUGACUCAGAUAUCCAUGGUAACACAUGCAGGCUUGCCUUUCACGGAAAGCUUUUGGAAGGGUUUGAGGACAAAAACUACACAGAGACAGCACUGCCUCGACUCAGAAUCAGCAAAGAUAAGGAGAAAGAAGGAGCAGUGGAACGGGUGACAGAUGACUACACUGUGAUUGGUCGAAACCUGUUUAAGAAGGAGACGAACCUUCAGCUGUUUGUGGGUUUAAAAGUUACGCUGUCGACGGGAGAAAAGGGGACCAUUGAAGGUGGCUUCGGUCAGAGUGGAAAGAUCAAAAUCCGAAUACCAGAGGGGCUGAAAGAAGAAACCAAGCAGCUUCUGUGCUCUUCAUCUAAGAAGAAGGGGAAGGGUGGGGCCAAAAAUGACUCCUCCAAAUCUGAGGAAACCAAGCUUGACGCUCAGCCAGUUACCAUACUUUUAAACUUCAAACGCUACAUAUAUGAUCCCCACAAAAAGAUGGUGCAGUCCUGACCCUCAGUCCGAUCAUUCCCGAUAAAAGCUGAAAAGCGGACAGGAAAAACAGACACUACUAAAGUCUGGGAUAUUGAUGUUGGAUAUUUUUUUUGUGUCCAGCGUUUCUAUUCCGUUACUUCGCAUUUUUAUUAUUAUUUCAAAUAUGGAAAAGAAACUAAAAAGAAAAGAUGGAAUAUCUCUUCAAAACACAUCAUUACCUUACUAAUAAGUGCUGUUAUAUCACUGCUAAUAAAACAAAUCUAUUAGCUAAACUGCUUUAGUUGUAAUGAACUAUUUUUUGGGGAUUUAGAUUUUGUUUGCAAGGGUGUGAACGUGUUUAUUAUGCAUCUUUGUGCUUGGCAUAGUGAGAGUGGUUGGGAUGUUGCUUAAGGGCAAAACGCAUUGUGAUUAUAGGCAAAUAUUUCUGUUGGCAUAUGGACAAAGUAUGUUUCCACACAUCCCAAAUCCAGUUACUCUAAUUGUAUAAUUAUUAAUUUUUAAUUUCCACUGUUUGUUUGUGCACACGUAGGCCUUGUAAAUGCGUGUUUCUGAAUUUCUGAGUAAGCCCCCCCCCCCCCCCCCACGCUAAAUUAAAAAAAUAUCUAUAAGUCUUAUCAUAAAAUACCACAAUAAGUCUUAUCAUUGUUUACUGAUUUGCUUCACAGAUUUGCAUAGAUUCCAGUUACGUUCCAGCAACUCAGGGGAAUUUGUAGUCAAAUUCAUUCUUAAUUUGCGAGUAUACAAAAAGCAGCUGUACUAGAAUAUUAAACGCCAUCUGUGUUGAUAUACUUCCCUGUUUUUACCUGGCAUUGCAGGUAAGAACAAAGCUUUAUUUGUUAUUCAUUGUAAUUGCUAAUAACUGGACUUUUUUUAAGAAGAUUUGCGUAGUGCCUAUCACUCUUAUUCUCUUACACACUUUCUUUGACUAGCAAAUGUGCUGUCAUUUAUUCCAACACAACAGGAAGAUGUUGAUCUAACUGAAUAAAAAUUUUUAUACUCACAGUA